UUUGCGCCUCACGUUAUCUGUCUUUGUCCAACAGCAGAAGCAGCGUCUAACGAUACAGAAUUAAACUCUGAAUUAAACACGAUGGGACACAAACAGCAGAAGUGAUUUAUAUGAGCACUUAUCAUCAGUUCAUGUGAAGAUGUGUGAUUUGAGUUCAGCGCUCAAUGAAGAGGGCUGGUACCUCACAGAUGAAGGAAUCAAGGAGUGUAAAAGUUCUUCAGAGAAGGAGAAGACAUCACUCACUCACAUCAUCCAAGUAGCACUAAAUAGCGAUCUGAGACCCAUUGGAAAGAGUGUCCUCCCUGCGGACAUCAACAGUGGCCGAAUAGACAAGUUGGAGGGUCCGUGCGUUCUUCAGGUGCAGAAGAUUCGUAAUGUUGCCGCUCCUAAAGAUCAUGAGGAGUCGCAGGCGGCACCCAGAAUGCUGCGUGUGCACAUGACUGACGGUCACACCACUUGCACAGGCCUUGAGAUUACACAUAUGUCCAAAAUCAGUCUGAACACACCACCUGGAACCAAAGUGAAACUCCUAGGAAACGUUCAGGUUAAGAAUGGCAUCCUGCUAUUGGACGAUUCCAAGAUCGCCGUUCUCGGUGGCGAGGUGGAUCACAUGAUCGAGAAAUGGGAGUUGCAGAGGAGCCUCGCCAAACACAGCCGAAGAAACAUCGGUGCUGAAGGUGGACCACCUCCGUUUGUUCCCUUUGGACAGAAAUGCGCUCAUAAGGAGCAGGUGGACAGCAGAGCUCUAGACCAGCGGAAAACCCUCCAGAGCAUCAAUGCCGCCAAAACCGCUGAGGACAACGAUGAGUUUGAGAAACAAAGAACCGCUGCUAUUGCAGAGGUCGCCAAGAGUAAAGAAACUCGAACGUUUGGUGGUGGAGGUAAUGCAGGUGGAAAUCUCGCCAAUCCAAGUUCCAACUACAAGAGUCGAGACGCUUAUCAGAAAAAAAGAGAGGAGAAAGAGAAGCAGUGGAUGGAGAACAAACCAGAAGGAGUUUAUAGAGACCUGGUUGAUGAGCGAGCUCUGAAGGACAUCAUGGAGAUGGGGUUUAACCGAGAGGCCGCCCGACAGGCCCUGCUAGAUAACAGUAAUAACGUGGAGGUGGCCCUCAACUUCCUGCUUACCGGAACCAACCAGCCCAAGGUGGCACAAAUGGAGCAGAGUCACCCACCACCUCGGGGUAAGGGUCGUGGACGGGGACGUUCCAGACAGGAUGAGGACGUGGAGUCAGGAGGAAGACCUUCAGGACCAAGCACGCUGUUUGACUUCCUGGAGUCAAAAAUGGGAACAUUCUCCAUUGAUGAUUCAAAGUGCCAGCCUUCACAACUAGACCAUCAAGCUAAGAUGAGUUUCCCCAACACUGAUCAAACGUCCAGAGACAGGUACCCUCCCCGAAAUGAAGGAAGAUCACAGAGAAACGACAGACCUCCACGGUUCCAAAAAGACGGAGACUUUCCUAAACCAAACCCAGCAUCAUCUUCUGCUUUCUCAGGGCCGCAGAAAUGGAAAGACAGAGAGAGAACAGGGAGAGCAGAGUCGGACCGAUGGAAGAUUGACGGUCAAGAUGGUCGAAGCUCACAUUUAAACUCUCCCUCUGGAAACUUCCAUCAGGGUUCAAAGGAACAUGGAGGAUCAAAGGGUUUCCAACAGGUAACUCAUAAUGGCAGUUGGAGAGAGCAGGAUGGCUUAGUGCGAUCUGAUUCUUCUUCGUUAAGGAAGAACCAGGCGAAUGGACAAUCUGGACCCAAAUCCACAAAUUCUGUUGUUACAAGUUUAGAUCCAAAAGGUCGAUACGAGCCCAACAAUAAAAGGAAAGGCAAGUCAGAAAGACCCAGUUCUGGCUACUUUGACCGUUCCCAAGAUGCAUUUGGCGGCACAACAGCGAAAAAAGACUUUGCACAGGAUGGAGGGGCAGGUCAGUUCAUCAAAGGGGGAGGAGUUUCAAACAUGCACCUCCCUAACGGUGAUUUGGAAUGCAGACGGACCGGUCCAAUCAAACUGCAGUCUUCAGGCCCACCUCAGAAGCAAACCAACAUGCAUAACUCCGCCUCCAAGAGACGAUCAGGCCCAAUCAAAGGUCCAAGAGCGUCUGAACCAGUGGACAGUUAUGUGAGCUGGAAAGCUGGUGACCAGUGUCUAGCGCUUUACUGGGAAGAUAAUAAGUUUUACCGGGCGAGAAUAGACGCUGUCCACCCCUCUGGCUCCACGGCUGUGGUCGUGUUCAGUGAUUACGGCAACUGUGAAGAAGUUCUACUUCAUAAUAUCAAACCUCUGCACAUGGAUGUGUGGGUAAGCCGUGAAUGACCAAAGAUUCUCCACUUGUGUUGUGUUAGUUCUGAUGAGGAAGAUGUUUACUAUGAAAAUUCUCUAGAAUUUCGAAGAGGAGGAGACGGGCAUCCUCGCCGCUCUCGACCGACGCAACAAUAUUACCAACCGCCUAGAGCAAGAGACUGACGCGCACGCACACACACACACACACACACACACACACACACACACACAGGUGAAUGGAUAUUCACAACCUUCCCAUUUCAUUUUAGUUGUUCGGUUCUCCUGAAAAUACAACUAGUUUUUUUUUUGUUUUUUUUUAGAAUUCAGGAUUAGAUCAGGGUCUGAAUUUGGGUGUUACUCUUCUUCAGCUUAAAAGCCCCUCUAGCAUCAUAUGCCUUUUAAUGUAUAAAAUAAAAAUGCAACACAAUGUUCUCUGCCUCCUUGCAGGUAACAAUCGUGAGUCUUUUCUUGGGCAAAAUAAUUGGACAAAACAAGGUUUGGUUUGUUGUAUUUUCCAAGUAACAUUAUUAACACUUGACUGUAUAUGAAUAGAAGAAAUGCUAAUGAGGUGAAUCACACAAUCUAAAAUCAAAAGAAAGAAAUGAGAAAUGAUAUUUUGCUUAAAAAUCUUAUUACAUAAUGUAAAUAAAAUCUUUCUCAUUACUGUAAUGCAAUAAAUUAUGCUAAUAUUUACGCUGUAUUAGAAGUAUUAAUACAUCAUGGUAUUAUUUGUGGUACUUUGUGGUAAUUUCUUUGAUACAGUAAUUUUGACUGUAUUAUGCUAGUAAGAAUCACCAUUAAGAAUAAUGUGAAUUACAAAAAACUACUAGUACAGCAUCCAGAUGCAUUACGGUAAAUGUGCUUAAUUGUCACAUAAAAAUAAUAUAAAAAUGCAACAAAGGUCCUAAAAAUACACUUCCUGUUUUAUGCAAAAAAUAAUUUAAUUUUUAUUUUCUUUUGAUUUUGGGCUGAAAUGUGAACAAAUUUUUUUGUGUGAGAUUCAUCCUAAAGGCGUACGCGAUAAAAUGAUGCAACAUUUGUAUUUACCCCGUGGCAUCACGUUGAUUACACGCCUCGUUUAAUGUGUGUGUGAGAUAAUUACUAUGCUUUAUAUGCUCCGAGUUAAAUGGAAACAACAGAGUCAUAACUGAUACUUGAGUGUUUGUUAGCAAAAACAGUUUUUAAACUCUAGGAAUGAUAAUCUGAUCUCUGCUUUAAGAGAUGAAAGAGCAUAUCUCUCAACUAACUGAUCUUGGUCUCCGUAUGGGAGACGGAUCUGUAAGGGCUUGCAGCAGAAGUUGCAUCUAUGAAAUCUGAACUCUGUUUAACUUGCAAUGCAAACAGUUGCUGUACAUGGUAAAUAUUUGUAAAAGACUUGAUGAUAAAAAUAAUUAUAAAAGUUCUACACUCUUGUUCAAA